AUGCGGCCCGGAUCCGCCGCCUGGCCUCGAUCCGCCGCCGCCGGGACCCCUGCUCCGGUCGUCGGGCCCGGAUCCGCCGCUGCUGGGGCCUCUGCUCCGGCCGUGGGGCCCGGAUCCGCCGCCACCGGGUCCUCUACUCCGGCCGUGGCACGCGGAUCCGUCGCGGCUGGGACCUCUGCCACGGCUACUGCUGUCCUGGUGGGCCUUGCGCCCGCAGCUGCUGACGCCGCAGCAGGGGCCGCCGACGGGGGAGCCGCGGGCGCAGCUGCCGCGGCGGCCGCCGCCGAGCAGCAGGCCGCGGUCCAGCAGGCUGCCGAGGUCGCCAGCGCCGCCCAGCAGGGCCCCCUGCCCGACGCAGCCUCUACUGGCGCAGGUAGGGGGGCAGCAGGGCCUCGGGCCGCCGCGCAGGUCGCUGCCUCGCAGGCCACCGCGUAG